AUGAGACGAUAUUCUGAUAGAAUGCAACAAGCAAGACAAAUAAAGAAUCUUCAAUUUCAAAAUCCUGGCCCUGCUCUUGAUCACUUCAAUCCAGAAACUAGCCAGCGACAAGAAAGAAAGCUACAAAGAAUUAUCAAACAAAAUCAAAGUCGUAAAAAGAGUUUAUAUGACGAAGGAGGGUGUCUUGUAGCAGAUGGAAGAGAUUUAUGUGAUUGCUUGAUGGUCACCUGUCCUGGAUGUUUUUAUCCAUGUGAUACAUGUCGUAGUUCUAAAUGUGGAAUUGACUGUCGGACAUUUAGACGUUGGCAAUACGAAAGUGUUGAAGUUGAGGGUGGGAAAACACGAACAUUUGAGCCAUCGACCCAAAAAGUUAAUGGAUAG